AUGGCGGAUUUGCUUACACUUCCCACCGAGAUUCGGUUAAUGAUCUUGGGAAACCUGCUGCUGUCCACAUUUGUCUCAGCGGAGACUGGGGAUCCUGAGGUUUGGCCCUAUGCUAAGAGCGACGACCUUGCAACUCGGGACGAAUUACAAAUAUUGUUCCCCCAAAUCCUUCGGACUUGCAAAAGGCUGUACUGUGAAGGAAUUCCCCUCUUGUACUCCAAAAACCGGUUCUGCAUCCACGCUCCGACCACGGCGGAUGCCAACACCACCAAUUUUGACGGCUUAGGCCAUACACAACGGUUUUUGCGGGGAAUAGGAACCUCCAAUGCGGGCCUUAUUCGGCGGUUGACAAUUGGUGGAGGGGGGAUGCUUCAGACGGGCCAGCUGCAGGAAGUCUUUGUCCUUGCCAAUGGGUUAAACGAACUGGUAGUUGUCUCUCUUGGCCCGCGUUGCAAGGCGCCGUACAGUUAUAUGCUUCAGUAUUACCUGAAUGUUGAAGCUGCAUUGAAGGGUUCUUCAACAAGUUUGACGGGAACUUCCAGCGCAAUUCCGAACGGGUUUGUACCUGAAGGGCUCAGUAUCAUCCAUUUGAGAUUUCAUCGUGAAGGCGCACCGUCGACCGACGAAUUGGAGGUACAUCUGGGAUCAACGAUUUCGUAUUUUCGAGAAAAGGUGCGUGAGCAGGAGAGGGAGUGGAGGAAGCAGGGCUGGAACCUACCGAUUAUGGUCGAGCCCGCCAAUGGAGUUCUUGCAUUUGUGUAG